AUGGCCGGCGUCGCGGGAGGAGAGCUCGCCGCCGCCGUGCACAAGGCCGGCGGAAUCGGCUUCAUCGGCGGGGGCCACACGCCUCUCAACAGCCUUAAGGCCGAGGUCGACAAGGCGAGGUCAAGCAUCGGGCUCGCCGCCGACGACGACUUGCCAGCUAGCCUCGGCGUUGGCCUCAUCCUGUGGCGCCUCGAACCGCCCUUCCUCUCGCCCGAAGCCGCCGCGACUGAGCCCGACCGCUGGCUACGCUACGUCCUCCACACGGCGCGCGCCUCGUCCUUGUGGCUCGCAUUUCCCAAUGGCGGCGACUGGGAGGGCUGGAUCGCUCGCGCGAGGAGGAUCGAAGCCGAGCGGGAGAGGAGCGACAAGGUGCGGCUGGUCGUCAUGGUCCAGAGGGUCGAGACGGCCAAGGAGGCGCUCGAGUGGGACGGUGUCGACGCCAUCGUACUACAAGGGACAGAGUCGGGCGGUCACGGGCCCGCUCACGAGUUCGGCGCACCUCUCGCCUCUCUCACGUCUCACCUCGCCUCUCACGUUCCCAACCCGGCCUCGCCGCCUUUCGUCCUCGGCGCCGGCGGCCUCUCGUCCGCGUCGUCAAUCGCCGCCGCCCUGGCACCCGGUGUCCUCGCCGGCGUCGUACCCGGUACGGCCCUGUGCGUCGCCGACGAGGCGCUCCUGCCGCGCGCUCAGAAGGAGCUGCUCGUGCACUCGUCGACGAGCGAGUCGGUGCGCGGCAUGAGCUGGGACGAGGCAAGGGGCACGCUCGGCUGGCCUGAGGGUGUCGACGGGCGAGGGAUCAGGAACAAGACGAGCGAGGAGCCGCCAAAGGUCGCAGGGAGCGAGGAGGGGCGCGAGCGGUACUCGAGGGCGGUCAAAGAGGGCGACGUCGAGCGGGUCGUCACUUGGGCAGGUACCGGCGUCGGCGACGUCAAGCGGAUCGCUCCGGCGGAGGAGAUCGUCCGAGAGCUCAUGGCCGAGGUGGUCGGCUCGCCUCAGUUAUAG